UAAACUGAAAUAAUCAUAGGCUUCAACUUUUUUCCUAUACUGGUAGCUGCGCUGCUCAAUUCUGCGGAACAAAAUCUGAGAAGAAGAACUAAAUUGUUCUAAAAUGGCUACCAUUACUGCUUGCACCUCAUCAUUAGUAACACGCACCGCCGUCGUGCAGAAGAGAAUGAUGGCGGUUCCUUCCUCAUCUGUUCUUGGGUUGCCAGCAAUGGCAAAGAAGGGAAAAGUGAGAUGUUCAAUGGAGGGAAAGCCAUCUUCUGUGGAGGACAGCAGCAGCAGCUCAAAAGUGGGGAUGGGUGCAUCAUUGAUGGCUGCCGCUUGUGCUGCAACCAUGUCAAGCCCAGCCAUGGCACUGGUGGAUGAGAGGCUGAGCACAGAAGGAACUGGACUUCCCUUUGGUUUGAGCAACAACCUUCUGGUUUGGAUCCUGGUGGUUGUGUUUGGUUUGAUAUGGGCUUUCUACAUUAUCUACACUUCCACCCUUGAAGAGGAUGAGGAGUCUGGAUUGUCUCUCUGAACCCAAAAACAAGAGGAGUUGUUGUGUUUCAUUCAUCAUAUCACUAUCAAAAUGCAAUGUUGAGCUUUGUGUUUACAAUUGCAUUUUCUUCUCUGUAAUAUUACCUUGUUUUCUGUAUUUAACUACUUUGUUUCUUGAUUGUACUUC